AAAAGACGCAAGUCAAAACAAACUCACAAAUCAGUUGACAGAUAGAUUUUAAGGAAUAAUAAUGUGUUCUAGGUUAGUUAGAUUGGGUCUGAGGACCAGAGGCUUCUUGGAGUUGUCUUCCUGCUACCAUCCGGUGUCCACAAAAUGUGUUCAGAAUCUCCCAGCCUGCGACCAAAGCAACGUUAGCCUGUUGCAUCCACUUUUCACACAGCCUGCCCGAUGGAAGUAUACAAAGAAGAACCAGCCGUCAGCUGAGGAGGACGACGAAUCUGACGAAGAAGAGGAACUAGAAAACUUCAAGGAUGAACCUGACGGGAAGGUCGUCAAAUCCAGUGUGAAGUCCCUCAGGUUAGAUUUAAUUUUGAAAUCCGGUCUCGGACUAGCUAGGAACAAAGUCGAGGCAAUUUUCUAUGACAACAAAAUUCGCGUGAAUGGCGAGAAAAUCACGAAGAAAAGUAUGCAGGUUGACGUGGGGGACGAGAUAGACGUCGUGAAAAGUUUUAGUCCUUCAAACCCUGAACACCUGCUUAUUGCCCGUGUUCAGUUGCUUGCAACCAAUGAAAAGGAGGAAGGCUACCGGGUGAUCAUGAGGCGAUUCAAGUCGAUAAUAGUCGAAAACUAUAAAGGACAAAAUGCUUGGAAGUCAAGCAGCUAGUAAAGAUUGCAAUGUUACUUAAUUUGAGAAUGAUAACAAUUGUUAUAGACACAGACAGCUUCCUUAGAUUGUU